AUUGCCAUUUCAGUCUUUUUGCUUUUUAAAAGAAAAAUUUUCGCCCAGUUCAUUGUUGUGUUGUGCAGCUGGUUGAAUAUCGCCAACACGAAAAGUUGGUUUAAAAGUCGUAAUUAAAUUAGUUUUCGUUAUUAGGAGCUUAUAUACUGGGAAGUUAUUUAAAAUAAAAGAUAAAAAAAGAAAUACAUUAUUUGCGAAUCAAAAGUAUUUGAUAUAUAUCUGAGAAGCAUAGGCAGCGUAAUUUGCACAUACAUUAGUGAAAUACAAAUAAUUAAAAAAUUGUUUGUAACGAAAUUGAAUGCAAAAGCAUUGCUAUCGAAUUAAAUUUUGUUCUAUUUUAGUGCAUGUAUAACUGUGGUUGCAAAUAUAGUUGUGCUAUUCUUGCCAGUGUGUACUAUACACGUUUAUUUGGAAGUUUUAAACUGUAAAAAAUUAGUUGGUGUAUAAAGGUGGAAGUGAAACGUAGAAGAAGCAGGCAGACGAGGAAUAUUAAAAUUUAAGGACGGAAGGAAAUAAGAGAAAUCGUGCAAUAAAAAAUUUUCCUACUGCCUAAAUUGAAAAGAAAUCAAAUUGUUAAUUUGUUAACGCUAAAAAAAAAUUUUAGUUAAAUAUGUCAACACCCGCUCGCAGACGCCUUAUGAGAGAUUUUAAAAGACUACAAGAAGAUCCACCAACGGGAGUUUCUGGCGCACCAACUGAUAAUAAUAUUAUGAUAUGGAAUGCUGUGAUUUUUGGUCCACAUGAUACACCAUUCGAAGAUGGUACCUUUAAAUUAACAAUAGAAUUUACGGAAGAGUAUCCCAAUAAGCCUCCAACAGUUAGAUUUGUAUCUAAGGUAUUUCAUCCAAAUGUUUAUGCCGAUGGUGGAAUAUGUUUGGACAUUUUACAAAAUCGGUGGAGUCCCACAUAUGAUGUUUCUGCUAUAUUAACUUCUAUACAAUCUCUGUUGAGUGAUCCAAAUCCAAACUCGCCAGCUAAUUCAACAGCUGCACAACUUUAUAAAGAAAAUCGUCGUGAAUACGAGAAACGAGUGAAAGCCUGUGUGGAGCAAAGUUUCAUCGAUUAGCCAUCAGCCAGUAAAGUAACAACAACAACAACAACAACAACAACCAGCAGAAGAACAACAGUAGUAGCAGCAGUUGCUCCAGCCAAAACAGCAGCAAGUUCGUUAAGCAACCUCAAAAGCAGAAACAAUAUGCAAAAAAUUUCAAAGUACAUUUUCAAAAUCAUUUUGAUUCAAGUAUAAAAAAAACAUUAAAAUCAUUUAUUAAUUACUCAGUAAAUUAAAAUUUUAGGUGUAAAGUCUAUUACAAAAAAAAAAAAAAACAAAAAAAGUAAAUAUAUAUAAAGUGAGCAUACGAAAUAUAUUUAUAUUUAAUUGUAAUUAAAAAUAUCUGUUUUUGUUUGUCCUUCCAACUCUACACACAAAUAAAAAAAAAUAUUUUGUUGAAGCUCAGUUUAUUGUAUGUUGCCUACUUUACUUGAGUGCUGUUGGAAGAAUUAAGUAAAAAAAAACUAAAAUAUAUGAAAGAAGAUUUUAAAUUAAAGAUUUAAU